UAGUUAUAUUGUAGACAUAUUUACACCAUUAACUUUCAUUUCGGUAGUGUCAGUGUAAAUUUCUAUAUCAUACAUAUCGUGCAGAAUCGCAUAAGUAAUUACAUUUAAUUAGAAGCACCAAAAUAUUCGUUAAAAUUAUUGUUAUCAUAACUUAAUUGAUUUUAAAUUGAACACAUUUAUUUGUCAAAUCUUCAGAGAAAAAAAUCAUCAUUAUGAUCAUCAGAUUACCUUCAAAACGAUGCAGCCUUCUUACUGGAUUAGUUAUAUUGAUGACCAUCGCUGUGUUAUUCGUAUUUUAUUCUCUGAACAUAGUCAAAAAUGAAAUCUGGGACCCGGAACUCCCUCCACCGCCAUCCAGUUUGCCGAUGGGAGUCUACAGCAAGGUUGGCGUUGUGUCUAAUGGAGGACCCUGCUCUCAAAUCGGAGUGGAUGUGAUGUCCAGAGGCGGGAAUGCAAUAGAUGCAGCGAUAGCUACGUUGUUAUGCGACGGUGCCGUUUGUCCACAGCAAAUGGGCAUUGGUGGUGGAUUUAUAAUGAGCAUUUACAACGCUACGACCAAAAAAGUAACGUCAAUCAAUGCACGUGAAACAGCUCCGGCCGCGGCAAAUACUGACAUGUUUGUAAAUGAACCCACAAAAUCCAUGUAUGGUGGACUGGCGGUUGCAGUUCCAGGUGCCCUUAAAGGCUACUCGGCCAUAUAUAACUUGUACGGUGGCGGAGUAAGAUGGGAAACUUUGUUUGAUCCAACCAUAAAACUAUGCGAAGAAGGUAUAACGAUCAGUGAUCAUCUACAUUAUUCCUUGCGGUUUGAUGAAAAGUUGAUACAUAAUGACACAAUGCUCAGAAACAUUUUUAUCGACGAAAACAGUGGAUACUUGAAGUCAGCCGGGGAUACAUAUAAGUUACCGAAGUUAGCAGAAACCCUGAAAAUAAUAGCAAUAGAAGGUGUAAAAGCAAUAUAUAACGGAUCGUUAACAUCUAAAUUAGUGCACGAUUUAAGAAAAGCCAAUGGUAUUAUUACAAAUAAAGACUUCGCUGAUUAUAAGGUUGAAAUCGAGGAAUCUUUUUCAGUAAACUUAACAAGUGGACAUACAAUACAUUUGGGACCGCCACCUGGUUCUGGUAUAAUAUUAGCCUAUAUUCUCCGUAUACUGGAUGGCAUUUUACCGGCACCUGAUGUUGGUUUAGACGAACAUCGGUUAGUAGAAGCUUUUAAAUUUGGAUAUGGUGAACGAUCCCAUUUAGGAGACCAUCAGUUCGUGAACGUAUCUGAAAUUUACAAUAAAGUAAGCUCGGAUAGUUUCAUCGAGAGUAUAAGAAAUAAAAUUCUUGAUAAUUUUACUUCGUUAGAUCCAAGAUACUAUGGGGGUGAUUUUUAUACACCAGAAGACCACGGUACGGCUAACAUAGUCGUAACCGAUUCAAUGGGGAACACUGUUGUAUGUACCAGUACAGUAAAUACAUUUUUUGGAAGUGGCUUCGUGUCACCUAGCACUGGCAUCAUUUUCAACAACCAAAUGAACGAUUUUUCUACUCCUGGAGUUACAAAUUUUUAUGGGAUCCCAUCUUCACCGACCAAUUACAUAAAACCAGGCAAACGGCCAAUGUCUUCAAUGUGUCCGACUAUAUUUACCGACGCAAAUGGUGACUUUGUUCUUGGAGCGGGAGCAGCUGGAGGAUCUAAAAUCACUCUUACUACAGCAUAUAUGGCUGCCCAUAAAUUAUGGUAUAAUAAUACCCUGAAAGAAGUAUUGGACAAACCUAGAAUAUACCACCAACUUGUACCAAUGGAAAUUCUUUAUGAACACCGUACGACUAAGAGCGUUCUACAAAAACUUAAAGACAUCGGUCAUCCAGUAUCCCUAGUUAAUUAUACUAAAUGUUCAGCAGCAUCGGCUAUUAGCAAAUCUGCUACAGGAAUGAUCGAAGCUAUGUCAGAUUUCCGGCGGCCAGGAAAUACAUCAGGAUAUUAAUACGAUAAUGUUUAUUAAUUGAUAACUUUCAAUAUUUUUUCAGUUAAUUCUAAAAGUUUAAUCUCAAACCAUAAUCAUGCAAGUUAUGUAGGACAUGUGAUCUAAAAUAUUUAUUUAUAUAAUUAUUUUCUAUGAAAAUUUUGAAAUAUAUAACUACCUAUAUUAUUAUAUUAAUAAGUUCAACAAAAUAUGCUUAUUGGUUGGGCUUCCAACUUUUGAUUAUAUUAAUAUGUUAUUUCUAAACUUAUGUAUUGUUAUUGCUAAAUAUACUAUUAUAUACA